AUGUCACAAUCCGAGUACAAGCUCUCAUCACGAGGACUAGAAAUUAAAAUACUGGAAUUCAACCCCCAGGCCUACAAGAACAGGUUGGCUUGGGAGAAGCGGCAGCUCCCGCCUCGUGAAAGCCUUCUCCACCAGGGUAUAGACCGCAUGCUGGACACUCUAGGCCCAACGCCAUGGAAGACGAAGUGGAAAUUCUUGGGUGUGAAGACACUUACGGCUCUUAUGUGCACGGCUGCCCAGUAUAAUUGCAUCCUCACAGCAUUUUUCCUGCAACAGGCAGGGGCUCAGAGCUUCCUGUUGAGUGAGGGUGGCUGCACGUCCCUCCAUGCGGCACUCCAUUUCAAACACUGGAAUCUUGCAGCUGCCAUGGUUAAAGACAUGAGCGCAAGCCUUUACAUAUCUGACUCUUCGGGCGUUUUGCCAAAGGAUAUCAUGCCCAACUACUUACGAGAGGAGAUUGAAGAGGCUUUGCAUGCAAAAGAGAAGAGGAAAUUAGAUGAUAUGUAUGAAAACUGAAAGACGAG